CCUUUGGUAUCAGACACUAACUAAACAUCUCUCUCGUAUUAAUUGUCAAGCAUCAUCUUACCUGCAAUGGCCCAACCCUCUAUUGCCUGCAUCGCUUUCGUCGCGAAGAAUGAUCAUCCUCUCCAUGUGACAGUAUUCCCGCCUUUUCGCGAAUCUCGCUUGAGGUUCUUAAUCCUCAUAAACUCAUGUCUGGAUAUCUUCGAUUUACGCGCCAGGAACACCUUUAUAGAUCAAGAUUUAGGCCUCCUGCAGGCUCUAGAUGAGCGAUUGGCGGUUUACGGAUGGCUGACCAACACCGGGGUCAAGAUCUUGAUCAUUGUUGACUUAGCCGGUCGGCACGUCGACGGCACCGCUCAGAAACAGAAUAUUACCCCCGUAACAGGAAUAAAGCAUUCAGAUCUCAAGCCUGCGUUCAGAGCUCUACAAACUGCAUAUAUUGGCCUACUUCAGAAUCCUUUCUACAACCCAGAUGAUCAAAAUGGGAUCUCUCAGGUCGAAACAACAACUGACGCUCCAUUGGGUAUAAAUGACAAGAAAUUCAUAGCCGAGGUCAAACGAAUCGGUGAUAUGUGGUCGCCUAGUCUUACGAUCAUCUGA